AUGGUAGUUAUACCGCCCCUACAGGCACAGGAGAACUAUGAGCCCAGCUGGCAGAACAACUGUGAACUCACACAGAAGUGCUGUAAUAUUGUGGCCUCAGCUCUCCAGUCAUCAGACUCACCCCUGAGAGAUCUGGACCUCAGCUACAAUAACCUGCGAGAUUCAGGAGUGAAGCUGCUCUGUGCUGUACUGAAGAGUCCAAACUGUAAACUGCAGAGACUGGGGCUGGGUUGGUGUAAUCUCACAGAGGGUUGCUGUGAUGUUCUGGCCUUAGUCCUGCAUUCUCCUCACUCAGAGCUGAGAGAUCUGGAGCUCAGAGACAACGAGCUGGAGGAUUCAGGAGUGAGAGCGCUCUCUGCUGGACUGGAGGACCCACACUGUAAACUGCAGAGACUGGGGCUGUCAGGCUGUAGAGUCACACAGAGAGGCUGUGAUUCUCUGGCUUCAGUUCUGUGUUCAAACCCCUCAUACCUGAGAGAGCUGGACCUGAGAUACAAUCACCCAGGAGACUCAGGAGUGAGAGUGUUGUCUGCUGCUAAACUGGACACACUCACACUGCUUGUGGACCAUGGAGGAGAGAACAGGACCAAACUAGGACCCAGGAAAUACGGCUGUCAGCUCACACUGGAUCCAAUCACAGCAAACAGAUUCCUGUCUCUGUCUGAGGGGAACAGGAGGGUGACACACACACCGGAGAGAGAGGAGCAGCCAUAUCCUGAUCAUCCAGAGAGAUUUGAGUGUGUCCCCCAGGUUGUGUGCAGAGAGAGUGUGUGUGAGCGCUGUUACUGGGAGGCUGAGUUCAGUGUGUCUGAGGGGGAGGGAGGGGUUUAUAUAGCAGUGACAUAUAAAGGAAUCGGCAAGAAAGGAUGGGGUUCUAAUUGUAGGUUUGGAUUCAAUGAAAAAUCCUGGAGUCUGAGCUGCUGUAAACACAGUGACUCUGAUAAACUCAGAUACUCUGUCUGGCACAAUUUAAACCGAACAGACAUACCUGCCCCCCCCUCCCCCUACCGCAGAGCAGGAGUGUGUGAUGAUGAUGAUGAUGAUGAUGGUAGAGGAGUUUAUGUGUACAGGGUAGGAGUGUGUGUGGACCGUCCGGCCGGCACUCUGUCCUUCUAUAGCGUCUCUGACUCUGACACACUGACCCUCCUGCACAGAUUCCACACACACUUCAUUCAACACACACCACUCUGUGCUGGAUUUAGAGUGUGUAACUCCUCAGUAUCCCUUUGCUCACUAAAGUAGACACACACACACACACUCUCUCUCACAUACACUCCAUCACACACACACACACUCAAUCACACACUCACACAUAUAUAUAUAUAUAUAUAUAUAUAUAUAUAUAUACACACACUCAUAUACACAUACACACACACUCAAUCACACACUCACAUAUAUAUAUACACACUCAUAUGCACCUAGACCCACACACACGCACUCACACCUACACACACUCUCGCACACCCAGUCACACACAGACACCCUCUCUCUCUCUCACAUACACUCCAUCACACACACACACACAGACACAUACUCUCACACACACCCUUUCUCUCUCAGUCAUGCACACAUACUCACAAAUACACACACUCAUGUUCACUCAUGCACACACACUCACACACCUACGCACGCACACUCUCUCACAUCCAGUCACUCACACACACCUACACACGGACACACACAAUCUCACGCACACACACACACACGCAUGCAAACAUACACACGCUCAUACCCGUAUGCACACACACACACACUCUUUCUCUCACUCACACACGCACAUGCAGUAUACAGACACACACAUUCGCAAACGCACGCGCACACACGCACUCAUGCACAAACACGUGUCAACGCACACACAUUCUCAUUCCCAUAUGCAUGCACACACAUGUAUAAACACACACAUUCUCUUACCCAUACGCACACACACACAUACUCAUGCACUCAUACAUGCAUACACAUACAUGCGUGCACACACCAUAUAUGCAUGUAUACACAAACAUUCUCAUACCCAUACAUACACACACACAUGUAUAAACACACACACAUUCACAAAGGCACUCUCACGCACACACACAUACACAUACAUACACUCAUUCUCUUGCACGCACACACACUCAAAUACACAGUCACACACACAUUCACACAAACGCACGCACACACACUUUCAAUUACCCAUACACACACGCACCCGUGUGCACACACAGAUACUCAUGCACUCAAUAAUACUCUCACACAUGCACACACACAUACAUGCGUGCACACGCACAUGCACACACAUUCUCUUACCCAUACACACACGCAUCCGUGUGCACACACACAUACUCAUGCACUCACACACAUACGCACACACAUGCUCACAUCCACAGUCACUCCCACAAUCGUAUGCAUGCAUGCCCACACAAUCACACACACACACACACACACACGUCGACACACUUGCAACCUUCCUUGACCAAUGCCUUACCACUGCAAUUUGUGCACUGCAGCUGUGCCCAAUAUUAACACAGAACAGCUUAAACUCUGUACAUAAGAGUAUGAUCUUUUAGCAGGUUCAGGUUAAGCACUUGCUGUCUAAAUGUGAUUUUUUUUUUUUACAUUUUAAUACAUUAAUAUUGCAAAUGUUCAUGAUGUGUUUAUGUACUUUUGAUUAUUAAAACAUUAAUAUAACAUUGAGAGUAAUAAUGGCAAAAGAUGGCAAAGUAAAAUGUUUUUGAAGUAAUAAUUCUGUCUCCUGUAUCUGCAUCUUUUUUUAAAAGAAGCCAGUGGCAAACUCCUCCACUUAAAUGUACAUUUUACUAGUUUCUACAGUUGCUUUCAAGUGUUCCAAUGUGCAAAUUUCUGUGGGCAAAUGCAGCUGAUAGGGAGAAUGCAGAAUGAUCACUGCAGUGUACUUAUUGCAUUGCAUUACUGUAAACAAUGAUGGUUUGAGUUUCCUUAUUAAUUCUGUUAGGAUAGUUUUUUUUUUUUUUUUUUUUUUACCUGUUGCUUUAAUUUUAUGUAUUUUCUGACAAUAAUAUGCAAUGAUUAAACCUGAAUUAUAAAAAUAUCAAAUGUUUUGCUGUUGUUAUUUAUUAUUGUAUGAUGUAUUGAACUCCUGUGACACAGUAGUAUUUGUUUCACUCUGUAUGGGAUUAUGUUUGGGCUCAAUAUGAGUAGAUCAGCAUGGGGCUAAAAUCUGCAGUUGAAGCAAUGACAUCCAUCUACAGUUGUGGAAAUAAAAUCCAUUAUAAGAAAA